AUGCAAGCCUCGUCGCCGGUAUCGUGUGUCGACGGUGAUGAGCAUCGUAUGUGUUUCUCAUUUGGUCCGAAGGUGGCUCUUCCACGUAUGUGCUUGAGUGUCGUGCAGCAUGACAACGGCGCUGCUGCGCCUUCAGCCACCAGCCACGAAACUGAGCAAACGUGUCAACCUCUGUGCAUUCUGAUUGCUUUCACGGGCUCGACGGAUGUUGGUGCUCGACAAAUGAUGGUGCUCGACGAACGAUGGUGCAUGUACCGAGACUUCUCAUUGGUAGAGAAACGUCUCAAGCUGCGCUGUCAGCGACAUCGCUGGCAAAUCGUUGCGAGAGUCUGUCGGUAUUCGCUGUGUCGUUUGGCCAUUGUGUUGAGAGAAUCGCCUCAUUGGUACGAAGUGCUGACCUCGCUUUCUCAGUAUGAGCCUCAGAGCCUCGGGUUGCACGCUACGAAACCCUCCUGUACAAUGUGA